CUCGGUAUCUGAACAGACAACUCGACAGGCUCUUCUUGCCGUGGUCUAGAAGAACGGAUCGCGGAGUAUUAUCGUUGUUUUGACGUUUAUAGUGUUGUGCGUGUGACUUACGACUGUUUAUAAGAGUGCCUUGGCUUUACCAGCGUUUUUUUUUGAGGACGCCACAAUUAUGUGAAGCGAAUAAGGAGAGCACGUAUCGAACAGCUCACUUACAUAAUUGAUUCACAGAAGAGAAUCUAGGGCGGCCGCGACAUAAUUUCUACGCCUCAUCAGGUCCGCCAUGGAAAGCGACAAGCAAGCGAAGAGCGAUGAGCGCCUCGAGAAGGCCAACGAAGACGUCCAGGUGGACAAGGAACGCAGGAGCGCCUCCACCUUCGACAAAGUCCACCUGAACACCCUGUCCACAAAGCUGUCCACGGACCGGCUGAUCUGCAAGACCCCCCAGGAGUCGCCUAGCGUAUCGGUGAAGUCCCUGAAGACGAGGAAGAGGAGGGAAGGGGAUAACCAGAGGAUUAUCCUGUUCCUAGGGGUGCUACAGUUCGUCCUGGGGUUCUUGAUGGUGGCGUUCGGCAUCCUGGUUAUAGUGCACAGGUCGACUUUAAGCCAGCUUGGCGGGGGAAUAUGGGGAGGGUGCCUGGCCAUGUCAACUGGCGUAGCAGGGAUCCUGACGGCGGCAGGAAGCUUCUGCCCCUUGAAGGAAACGCCGCAGAAGGUCGCAUAUACUGUUUUCCUAGCCCUAAGCCUCAUUAGCUUGGCCAUAUCACAACUGAUAGUCGUGAUAGCUGCUAUAGGUUUAGCCAGGGAUUUGAACAGCGCAGAGAGCGAAUUGGAAAAAGUAGAACACAAGGUUUGCGGUCGUGUAUCGAAUAUGCUUCAACCGACAUAUUUGUUCCAGGACGCUCACUCGAGUUUCAUAACCUUCGACGUCCCCAAAAACUACAUGGGCCUUCUCUUCAACAUAGCCCUGAUCAUAGCCUCCAGCUUGGAAUGUAUCUGCGCCGCCUUGGCUUCCUACAAGUCCUCAAGAGACCUCUGUCCUUGCUUCAAGAGGAACGAGGAAAACUACAAGGAUAAUAUAAAUAUCCACAGGAGUCAUGCCAUCGUCAGUUCUUGGCUGGGAAAGCAGAAUCCUCCUCCGCAGAUCUAUGUGGUCACUGGUCCACCGUCCACUCUAGGAGGAAGGAGCAAGUUGUCGGGAGUAUCACUAACCCCAAUGUACGCCCUACCUCCGCCACCAAUGGUUCAACCCCAAGUGAUCGGCUACCCCCUCAUCCCCGCUCCCUUAGGACAAGUGCCGUCCCCGAUCAUACCGCCGCCGUCCAGGAAAGAAAUCGUCCACCGGGUUCACAAAAGGUACCGCUCUAAGUCCAAGUCCAAGUCCAAGAGUAGGGAGCGAGAGCCAACCCCUAGACGUUCCCGAUCUAAGUCCAAGUCGCGGGAACGCCAGGUGACCGAGGAGGACGUGGCGAGGACCUACACGGGCUUGGAUAGGACCAUCGCCGAAGACUUCAUCGACACCUUCGAGACUAAGAACAACAGCCUCUGCAGUAGCGAUUUUAGCAGCACCAGCAGCUGUCAGAGCCCCUGCAACGCUGGAUGCAACUCCAACAGCGACGCUGCUUCUCACGAGUACUUGGUUAAUAAGAUGUGAGGGUGCUAGGCUUUUUGCAUGUAUAUAUUACGUAAUAGUAAGUAGGCUUUAAGAAAGUACAAUACAAAAAUUACACGGUCCGACAAAAUUUUAAACCAGAGCAUACUUUUCCGAAGGUUGUUGACGCACUGAAUCAAUAUAUCCAUAUGAGUAACUAAACAAGAG